UUGUCAACAUUUUGUGACUCUUGUGAAUGCUACAUGGAAGAAAUUAAAUGAUUUAAUUUUCUUUUUGUGGACGCGAUACACAUAGUGAUAAUGGGUAGAUCAAGAUCACGAACUAAAUCUCCGAGAAGACACCACAAAAGCAGUAAACAUUCAAGGAAAAAGAGUCGAUCGAAAGAUCGGUCCUCGUCACGCAGUAGGAGUUCCAAACACGCCGAAAAAUCAAGAGACCGUAGUUCUAAAUCUAGAAAACGUUCGCACUCAGCGUCGUCCUCAAGUAGCAGUGAUGCUUCCUACGAUGGCGUCAGAAGUCACAGGAAGAAGUCGAAAAGUCGUAACAAGAUGGAUGAGGUGGACCGUCUGGCUGAAAUGGAAAGACAGAGACGAGUGCGAGAAGCCGAGCAGAAGGUAGUAGAAGAGGAAGCGGCCAAGAGGAUAGAGCUGCUUGUAAAGAAGAGAGUAGAAGAAGAACUAGAAAAGCGUAAAGAGGAAAUCGAACAAGAAGUAGCAAAACGAGUGGAGGAAGCUAAAAGGAAGAUGGAAAAAGAAAUGAUGGAAGAACUGGAGAGACAGCGUGAGAAGCAGCGGCGUGAGGAGCUUGCUCGUCAGGAGGAAGAAGCUCGUAAAAGGAAAGAACUGGAGGAAAUCAUGGCAGAAAACAAUAAAAAAAUUGAGGAGGCACAACGCAAGUUGGCUGAGGAGCGGUUGGCGAUGAUUGAAGAACAAAGAAAAAUGGAUGAAGAGAGGCAGAAGUUGAAAAAAGAACAAGAGAAGAGACUGAAGGAGGAACAAAAGAAAAUUUUAGGGAAAAACAACUCAAGACCUAAGUUAUCAUUUUCUUUGAAGCCACUCUGAUGGAACUUAGUGCAUGCCAUAUAAACACUUUGAUGUUAAAUAUAAUGCAAAGAUUUCAUCGUUCAAUAUCAUAAGUUACAAUAAUAUUUUGGGACAUUAGUUAGUUCAAAUUGUGAGUCUGUAGUAUUUUGUACCUUGAAGCUUUCCAUUUUUGUUAACACAAAACACAGAAAAAACGUCCACAAUUUAUACAAAACGGUAGUCAUUUUCAACUGAACUGUCUAGGUUCAAGCAAUUAGAGAGUAAGUUUUCAGUAUGACCUUAUAGAUUUUGAUAUGGAUAAUAGAUAUCCAUUCAGAACUCUGAUUUAAAAAACGACUUUUAAGAACAGUGAUUCCUUUUUUCCGGAUUAUGUUUGUUUUCUUUGUGUUUAGGUAUUAGCUGUGGGUUCACUGUGUACCCCAGGUUUAAUUCCAAAAUGUUUUGGUUCUUUAUUACUGCAAUAUCGAUAAUUAUUGUUUUAACCAUUUUUUAUCUCUAUUAUGCCUGCAGUGACUAAGUACUUCAAAAUUGUUUUGAUUGUGGGGUCUUAUUUGUAUAAUUUUACACAAUAAGCUAGACAGUGAAAUGUUGCUUGUUGCGAACCUAUCAACUUAUGACUCGUGCACACUGGGACACAUUUGUAGCGAACACAAAAAUAGCCUUGUCUCCACUAAGCGACAUUUGUUGCGACGCAUGUCGCCUAAUGAAGACGAGGCUUUCCUCAACAUGCCUCACGCAUUGUGUCCUUGUGUGGACGAGACAAAACACACUCUUAAAUUCACAGCAUUUCUUUUACAUUUGUUAUAUAUAAGUGAUACCUCAAAACAACUAAUGUCUAUUGUUAGGGACUAACAGUAUCUCUGGAAUGUAAAUUCUAGCAGUUCCAGAAUAGGAACAAGUGUCUUGUCGAUAGUACAUAGUAGGGAUAAGUUUAUUUUUUCUGUAUAUAUGUACUGUAUCGUAGUUUUCAUAAGUGAACUAUGCAAGUUUCACACUUCGUUGUGCUGGGGAUAUACUGAAUUUUAAUGUUUCAUUUAAGCACUAAAAACUCGCAACGCUGUGUUGUUAAAACAGAGCGUGUGAGGGUUCAAGUUCUGUCCCGCACCAAGUGGCAAGUGUUACACGCUAACCCAUGUAAAUUAAGAAAAUACAACUUGCGUCAAAGUCGAUGCAUACUUGCGAGGCGUUUCGAUUACCGCGAGCUGUACUUUAGCGAGUGUAAGAAUAGAAACAUUUGCCAGAUGUCUAGGCAGUCAAAUGUUGUAACCUUUGAAUAUUAUCUAUGUGUAUUGUGGGUUUUGUUCGAAAAUAAUCCUAAUGUUAUUUAACCCUAAGUUUUAUAACAAUAUUUGGGUUACUAUUAGCAUCCCAAAGGGGAACAGCAACAUGGAUGUGACAUAUCGUCAUUAUCUCAUGUGUGAGUACGCGCACUCUCCGUUUAAUGCUAGCCAUCAUGUAGUAUUUAGUUACUUAAAAAAUUUGCACCCCAGACCGCGUCAUUCUUUCAAAUAGACACCACACCUCUCGCCGCACGGUGCAAAAUGCCAUACAAUAUUUUGUGAACCCAAACAAAAAUAUUAUACUUUUUUACUUUGUCUUUGGCAAUAAGCUUGCCCCAUGGAACUUUAAACAUGGCUGGCGAGGAGUGGGCGUGUACUUUUGCCUACCCCUUCGGGGAUACAGGCGUUAUGCUAUGGAUGUCUAAUACUUCAAUCACGUUUAUCCAAUAACGUUUCUAAUAAAAUACACAUGCUAAACGGGUUAAAUCAAGGAUUUCAUUUGAGUUAUAUAUAGAUGUCUUUAUUGAAAAUCGAUAUUUCAUUUUAUCUUAUUUUUAUAAAUCUAAUACAGAUUUUCCUCAGCUUACUCAUCUUUGUUUUAUGCCGGUAUGUGUUGUAAAUUAAUUCGAACAGUUUAUUUCAAUAAAUUACUAUUUCUAAA